AUGGCAGCAAAAACCUACAACGUAGGCGUGAUAGGCUAUGGCAUGUCGGCCAAAGUCUUCCACAUCCCCCUAAUCCAAGUCACCCCCUCCUUCACCCUCCACUCCAUCGUCCAACGAACCCCCAAACCCACUGACGAUGCCUCCAAAGACCACCCCACCGCCAAAAUCUACCACUCAGCCCCCGAGCUCAUCGCCGACCCCUCCCUCGACAUCAUCGUCAUAACGACAACCCCCGAUUCACACUUCGCAUUCACAAAAUCCGCCCUCGAAGCCGGCAAACACGUAAUUGUGGAAAAGCCCUUCGUGCCCACCGCGUCCGAAGCACAGCAGCUAGUAGACAUCUCGGCCAAGACCGGGAAGCUGAUCUGCGUGUACCAGAACCGACGCUGGGACAGCGAUUUCUUGACGGUGAAGAAGCUGUUGGAUGAGGGUACGAUUGGACGAUGCGUCGAGUUCGAGUCGCAUUUCGAUAGAUAUAAGCCCGUGCGCCCGGAGACGUGGAAGGGGACCUUGGGGAUGGCGCAGGCGGGGGGUGUGGUUUAUGAUUUGGGCACGCAUUUGCUGGAUCAGGCUUAUGUGUUAUUUGGGUUGCCGGAGAGCGUGAAUGCUGUUUUUGCGAACCAGAGGAAUGAUGGGGCCGAGGAGCCCGAUAGUCUUACUAUUCUCUUGAGAUAUGGGAAUGGUGGUCCGCUAGUUACCGCCAAGGCUGGGGUGAUGAGUGUGGAGACGAAGCAGUUGAGGUAUUGGGUUAGGGGAACCAAGGGCAGCUUUAAGAAGUUUCAUUUGGAUGUCCAGGAAGAUCAGUUGAAGGCUGGAUUGAAGCCUGGAGAUGGAGGAUUUGGUGUUGAGAGUGAGGACUUCUCAGGAGAGUUGGUGGUGCUUGAAGGGGAUAAGCCGAGGGGAAGUGUGCUGAAGAACAUUGAGCCGUUGACUUAUGCGACGCUUUAUAGUGAGUUUGCAAAGGCGAUUGGAGGGGCUGGGGAGUCUGCUGUGCCUGUCAAAGCUAGUCAGGCGCGGGAUGUGUUGAGGAUCAUAGAAGCUGCCAAGGAAAGUGCUAAGAGUGAAAAGACGGUCAAGUUGUAG